CGGCGGCCUGGACUGCGGCAGCGACGGCCAGGGCGGCUGAAGAGGAGCCUCCAGCAGCGGGCGGUCGAGCUAGGCCUCAGCGGCGCCCGGAGCUGCUCGCGCCGGCCUCGGCGGGAGAUCUCCAUAGAGACGGUGACAAACACAGACGCGGGGGUCCGCACGCGGCCGGCGGUCCUCAGCCACCUCGGGGCCCUCAGCCGCCGCCACCGCCUUCCUCGCCGCGCGCACUCUCAGUUCCCGCUCGCUCCCUCGCGGUUCUCGCUGUGUCUGUGUGUCGCCUAGGGCCGGGCGGGGGAGGCCCUCAGGCCGCCGCCUCUGCCUCUCCCGCCCGGGAGCGGUAGUGGGAGGCCGCCCAGGCUCCGCCAUGGCCUCAGGAGCCGGAGGCAUAGGAGGGGGCGGCGGCGGCAAGAUCCGGACGCGUCGUUGCCACCAGGGGCCGGUGAAGCCUUACCAGCAGGGGCGACCCCAACACCAGGGCAUUCUUAGCAGGGUUACAGAAUCUGUUAAGAAUAUUGUACCAGGGUGGCUACAAAGAUACUUCAACAAGAGUGAAAAUGCCUGUAGCUAUUCACCGGAUGCAGAUGAAGUUCCACCCUGGCCGGAAAAUAGAGAAGAUGAGCAUGCAAUUUAUGCAGAUGAGAACACAAACACUGAUGAUGGGAGAGUCACCCCUGAGCCUGCUGGCAGUAACACAGAAGAACCAUCAACAACCAGUACUGCUUCAAAUUAUCCAGAUGUGUUAACAAGACCUUCUCUUCAUCGGAGUCAUCUGAAUUUCUCUGUGUUGGAAUCCCCUGCUUUGCACUGUCAGCCGUCUACGUCCUCUGCAUUCCCAAUAGGCAGUUCUGGAUUUUCCCUUGUGAAGGAGAUUAAAGAUUCUACCUCUCAGCAUGAUGAUGAUAACAUCUCAACUACCAGUGGGUUCUCUUCAAGAGCUUCUGAGAAAGAUAUAGCUGUUUCAAAGAACACUUCCCUGCCACCUUUGUGGUCCCCAGAAGCAGAACGUUCUCAUUCACUCUCACAGCAUACUGCCAUCAGCUCCAAAAAACCAGCAUUCAACUUGUCUGCCUUUGGAACACUUUCCACCUCCCUUGGGAAUUCUUCAAUUCUUAAAACAAGUCAGCUUGGAGACUCUCCUUUUUAUCCUGGCAAAACAACAUAUGGUGGGGCAGCUGCUGCUGUAAGACAGAAUAAAGUACGAAGUACACCUUACCAGGCUCCAGUUAGAAGACAGAUGAAAGCUAAGCAGCUCAAUGCACAGUCUUAUGGUGUGACCAGUUCAACAGCACGGCGGAUAUUGCAGUCAUUAGAAAAGAUGUCAAGUCCUCUUGCGGAUGCAAAAAGAAUUCCGUCUGCUGUUUCUUCUCCCCUGAAUUCUCCUCUUGAUAGGAGUGGGAUAGAUAGCACAGUUUUUCAGGCAAAAAAAGAAAAGGUGGACUCUCAGUAUCCCCCUGUUCAAAGACUAAUGACCCCAAAGCCAGUUUCCAUAGCAACAAAUAGAACUGUCUAUUUUAAACCAUCUCUGACCCCAUCUGGUGAAUUAAGGAAGACUAAUCAAAGGAUAGAUAAAAAGAACAGUACUGUAGAUGAAAAAAAUAUCUCAAGACAAAAUAGAGAGCAAGAAAGUGGCUUUUCAUACCCCAAUUUCAGUAUACCUGCAGCCAAUGGUUUAUCUUCUGGAGGUGGCAAGAUGAGAAGAGAGAGAACACAUAUUGUUGCUCCUAAACCUCCAGAGGAGGAGGAAAUGGAAGCACCAUUGUUACCGCAAAUCUCUCUACCAAUCAGCAGUUCUUCCCUGCCCACCUUCAGUUUUAGUUCCCCUGUGAUCUCGGCUUCUCCGUCACCAGUCAGCCCUUCUCAGCCAUUACCAAACAAGGUACAGAUGACCUCUCUGGGCAGCACGGGCAGUCCUGUGUUCACAUUUUCAUCUCCCAUUGUAAAAUCAACGCAGGCAGAUGUGCUACCUCCAGCGUCUAUUGGUUUUACAUUUAGUGUGCCUCUUGCAAAAACUGAACUUUCUGGCUCUAAUAGUUCUUCAGAAACAGUUUUAAGUAGUUCAGCUCAAGAUAACACUGUAGUGAAUAGUUCAAGCUAUAAGAAGCGAAGUGCCCCUUGUGAGGACCCUUUUACACCUGCAAAGAUCCUGAGAGAAGGAAGUGUUCUAGACAUUCUGAAAACGCCUGGUUUUAUGUCACCAAAGGUUGAUUCUCCUGCUCUUCAACCCACUACUACAAGCUCAAUAGUUUAUACAAGACCAGCAAUAAGUACUUUUUCUUCUAGUGGAAUUGAGUUUGGAGAAAGUUUAAAAGCUGGAUCAUCAUGGCAGUGUGACACAUGUCUACUCCAGAACAAAGUCACAGACAAUAAGUGUAUAGCCUGUCAAGCAGCAAAACUGCCACUGAAAGACACUGCUAAACAGACUGGAAUUGGGACACCAAGCAAAAGUGACAAACCAGCUUCAACAUCAGGGACAGGCUUUGGAGAUAAAUUUAAACCAGCAAUAGGAACUUGGGAUUGUGAUACCUGUUUAGUGCAAAAUAAGCCCGAAGCAGUAAAAUGUGUAGCCUGUGAAACACCCAAACCUGGCACUGGUGUGAAGAGAGUCCUUACAUUGACAGUGGCUUCAGAAAGUCCUGUGACUGCUUCCUCUUCUACCACUGUGACCACUGGCACUCUAGGAUUUGGAGAUAAAUUCAAAAGGCCCGUAGGAUCUUGGGAGUGUCCAGUCUGCUGUGUUUGUAAUAAGGCAGAAGAUAACAGAUGUGUCUCCUGUACAUCUGAGAAACCAGGUUUGGUAUCUGCUUCAAGCAGCAGCCCUGUCCCCGUCUCUCUGUCUUCUGGAGGCUGUUUAGGAUUGGACAAGUUUAAAAAGCCUGAAGGAAGCUGGGACUGUGAAGUGUGCCUAGUGCAAAAUAAAGCAGACUCUACUAAGUGCAUAGCUUGUGAAAGUGCAAAGCCAGGCACAAAGUCUGAAUUUAAAGGCUUUGGGACAUCUUCAUCUUUAAAUCCAGCACCCUCAGCCUUCAAAUUUGGUAUUCCAUCAUCCUCUUCUGGGCUUUCUCAAACUUUUACAAGCACUGGAAAUUUUAAAUUUGGAGAUCAGGGAGGAUUCAAAUUAGGCACUUCAUCUGACUCUGGGUCUACAAACACCAUGAAUUCAAACUUUAAAUUUUCUAAACCAACUGGAGAUUUUAAAUUUGGAGUGUUAUCUGAUUCUAAACCUGAAGAAAUUAAAAAUGACAGCAAGAAUGAUAAUUUUCAGUUUGGACCUUCUUCUGGCUUAAGCAACGCAGCUUCUUCAGCUCCAUUUCAGUUUGGGGCAUCUACUCUUGGGCAACAAGAAAAGAAAGAGGAUCUGCCUAAAUCUUCAUCUACAGGCUUUAGCUUUGGUGCAGGUGUUAAUAACCCCCCUAAUGCUGCUAUUGACACUACAGUGACCUCAGAGAACAAGAGCGGCUUCACCUUUGGAACUGUAGACACAAAGAGUGUCUCAGUGACUCCUUUCACAUACAAGACAACAGAAGCAAAGAAAGAAGAUGCAUCUGCUACCAAGGGUGGGUUCACAUUUGGUAAAGUGGAACCUGCUUCUUUGCCAUCUGCCUCAAUGUUUGUUUUGGGAAGGACAGAGGAGAAACAGCAAGAACCUGUUACUUCUACUUCUUUGGUAUUUGGAAAGAAAGCCGACAACGAGGAGCCAAAGUGUCAACCAGUAUUUUCCUUUGGAAACUCAGAGCAAACCAAAGAUGAGAGUUCGAGUUCCUCUAAGCCGACAUUCAGUUUCAGUGUGGCGAAACCAUCUGUGAAGGAGUCUGAUCAGCUAGCCAAGGCUACUUUUGCUUUUGGAAAUCAGACCAAUACAACAACUGAUCAAGGUGCAGCAAAGCCAGUUUUUAGCUUCUUGAACAGUAGCUCCUCUAGUUCAAGUGCACCGGCCACUUCAUCCAGUGGUGGCAUAUUUGGUAGUUCCACCUCUUCCUCCAACCCGCCUGUGGCAGCCUUUGUGUUUGGACAAGCCAGCAAUCCAGUCAGCAGUUCUGCCUUCGGUAACUCUGCCGAAUCCAGUACAUCUCAGUCUUUGCUAUUUCCUCAAGAUAGCAAGCCAGCCACCACGUCCAGUGCUGCCUCAGCUGCCUCUCCGUUUGUAUUUGGGACAGGAGCCAGUAGUAAUAGUACUGUAUCUUCUGGGUUCACUUUUGGGGCUACAACCACGUCAAGCUCUUCAGGAUCCUCCUUUGUGUUUGGCACUGGACAUUCAGCACCAUCUGCCAGUCCAGCAUUUGGUGCUAACCAGACUCCAACAUUUGGACAAAGUCAAGGUGCCAGCCAGCCUAACCCCCCAAGCUUUGGCUCUAUAUCGUCUUCAACAGCGAUAUUUUCUGCUGGUUCUCAGCCUGUACCACCACCUACAUUUGGGACAGUGUCAAGCAGCAGCCAACCUCCUGUGUUUGGACAGCAGCCUAGUCAAUCUGCAUUUGGCUCUGGGACAGCCAGUGCCGGUUCGGUUUUCCAAUUUGGUAGCAGCACUACAAAUUUCAACUUCACAAAUAAUAAUCCAUCAGGAGUGUUCACAUUUGGUGCAAGUCCCAGCACGCCUGCAGCCUCAGCCCAGCCCUCAGGUUCAGGGGGCUUUUCAUUCAGUCAGUCUCCAGCAUCAUUUACAGUGGGGUCAAAUGGGAAAAAUAUGUUCUCUUCUUCCGGAACUUCAGUUUCUGGUCGCAAGAUAAAGACUGCUGUUAGACGCAGAAAAUAAAGGUCACAAAGGUGUUAUACCCAACAGUUUUAUCAACAGCUGGUGCCCUGCUUUCAGAUACUGGAUUGUACUACAUGCUGGGCUUAUCUGAAGUCAGAUCUGCCUAAGGACUUCUUUAAUUUUGGAAUUGUCCUCUUUUUUUUUUUUUUUUU